AAGUUGACUUUUUCAUGCGGAUUCAGUAUCUGAUAUGUCCCUCUGCAUACGUUUUGCUGAUAGUAGAAACCGUUAUAACAUUACAAGUCAGAUGGAAACAUUAUAAACACAGAGAGUCCGAUAAAAGCCCAGGAGAAAAAAAGCCUUUGCUUUUUAGCUUUUGCCUUUGCCUUAGCUAAGCGUGUCAUACAGAUAAACAUCAGCGCAUUCAAAUAUACUUUGUUCACUUUCACAGUUCAUCGCGGACCCAACUCAGAUUCUUCACUAUUUAUAUCUUCUCUCCACUCUCUAUCUCUCUCCCCUUCUUUUUCAUAUUUUAGAUUUUAGAGAGAGAGAUUGCGAAUUGGGAUAGUUUCUAAAUGUUUUUGAUGAAAGAUGAAGUUCUGCAAGAAAUACCAGGAGUAUAUGGAACACCAGGAGAAAAAACUACCUGGGGUUGGCUUCAAGAAACUCAAGAAGAUCUUGAAGAAGUGUAGGAAAGAUUUUCAAUCCCAGAAGGACAUUAAUGGGGUCCAUAACGUUCAAAUCUGCCCUGACCAUUGCCCAGUGUGUGAUGGAUCCUUCUUCCCUUCGCUUCUCAAGGAAAUGUCUGAUGUAGUAGGCUGCUUUAAUGAGCGGGCACAGAAAUUGCUUGAGCUUCAUUUGGCUUCUGGCUUUAGAAAGUAUGUUAUUUGGUUUAAAGGCAAGCUACAGGGAAACCAGAACCAUGUUGCCUUGAUUCAAGAAGGCAAGGACCUGGUUACUUAUGCGCUCAUCAACGCAAUUGCUAUUCGUAAAAUCCUAAAAAAAUAUGAUAAGAUUCAUUACUCCAAGCAAGGGCAGGCCUUCAAGUCACAAGCUCAAAGCAUGCACAUUGAAAUCCUCCAGAGUCCUUGGCUCUGUGAACUUAUGGCUUUCCACAUCAAUUUGAAGGAAACCAAGGUGAAGUCAAGGAAGGCACCUGCACUUUUUGAGGGAUGUUCUCUUGCGCUCAAAGAUGGGAAGCCAUCUCUCACCUGUGAGCUUUUUGAUUCCGUCAAGCUUGAUGUUGACUUGACUUGUUCUAUAUGUUUGGAUACAGUUUUUGAUCCAGUUGCUCUGACAUGUGGCCACAUAUUCUGCUACAUGUGUGCCUGCUCAGCUGCAUCAGUGACUAUUGUGGAUGGACUGAAGGCCACCGAGCCUAAAGAAAAAUGCCCUUUAUGCCGCGCGGCAAGAGUUUAUGAAGGUGCGGUGCACUUGGAAGAGCUUAGCAUUCUAUUGAGUCGAAGUUGCCAUGAGUACUGGGAGCAGAGGCUUCAGACAGAAAGAGUGGAGAGGAUUCGACAAGCAAAGGAGCAUUGGGAAUCACAGUGUCGAGCUUUCGUCGGUGUUUAAUCUCACCAUUUUUUUCAAUUUGAUAUCCAUUGAGAAAGUUGUUUCUGGAUAUUUGUAUGCUUAUUGUACAUUGCUCUAUUUAAUAUUUUAUUCAGCGCAAGUUCUGUACAUAUGGUUUGUGUAGGUUGCAAUAAUGAUAAUAAUAAUAAGAGAAUUUACCUGGC